AUGGCUUGCAGACCUCAUUGGUUUGGAACCUUUACGGGCCUCUAUUGCACAUUCUACACCAUCAUUUUCAUUUUCAUUCUUCUCUCAAUUGUUUUCUGGAUAGUAAUCUCCCCCUCAAGCGUGAAAUUCCAUGUAACCGACGCUACUCUCACCGAGUUCAACCUCACAAACAACAACAAUACAUUAUACUACAAUUUCAAACUCAACGUCACCGUGAGAAACCCCAACAACAACAUCAUAGUCUAUUAUCGAAGAAUCACCGCAAUUGCUUGGUACAAAGACAAUAGUUUUGGUUAUGUGAGUUUGACACCGUUCGACCAAGGACACAAAAAUACAACAUUUCUGGGACCGAUUGUGUUUAAUGGAAAUACUAAGAUCAAACUCGGACGUAAACAAGUUGAUGAGUAUAGCCAAGAGACGCGUGUUGGGAUUUACAAUGAUUUGGCAGUUGAUUUUGAUAUUAAAAUUAGAGCUAAGUUUGGAAGCUUUUAUAAGAGUGGAAGGUUUAAUACACCGGUUGUGCAGUGUCGUCGUUUGAGAGUUCCUUUGAUUUCUGCUAACUCAUCAUCUUCAUCAACAACAUUUUCUUUUAGUGACAGAAGAUGUAGCAGCGCUUCUUUCUUUGCAGAUCGUGAUGCAGAUGCAGGAGCUGGAUAUGUAUAA